AUGGCAGUGCCCUUUGUGGAAGACUGGGACUUGGUGCAAACCCUGGGAGAAGGUGCCUAUGGAGAAGUUCAACUUGCUGUGAAUAGAAGAACUGAAGAAGCAGUUGCAGUGAAGAUUGUGGAUAUGAAACGUGCCAUAGACUGUCCAGAAAAUAUUAAGAAAGAGAUCUGUAUCAACAAAAUGUUAAAUCAUGAGAAUGUAGUGAAAUUUUAUGGUCACAGAAGAGAAGGCAAUAUCCAGUAUCUAUUUUUGGAGUACUGCAGUGGGGGAGAACUUUUUGAUAGAAUAGAGCCAGACAUAGGCAUGCCUGAACAAGAUGCUCAGAGGUUCUUCCAUCAACUUAUGGCAGGGGUGGUUUAUCUGCAUGGUAUUGGAAUAACUCACAGGGAUAUUAAACCAGAAAAUCUCCUAUUGGAUGAAAGGGAUAACCUCAAAAUCUCUGACUUUGGCUUGGCAACCGUGUUUCGGCAUAAUAAUCGGGAGCGUUUGUUGAACAAGAUGUGUGGUACUUUACCAUAUGUUGCUCCAGAACUUCUAAAGAGAAAAGAAUUUCAUGCAGAGCCAGUCGAUGUUUGGUCCUGUGGAAUAGUACUUACUGCAAUGUUGGCUGGAGAAUUGCCGUGGGACCAGCCUAGUGAUAGUUGUCAGGAAUAUUGUGAUUGGAAAGAAAAGAAAACAUACCUCAAUCCUUGGAAAAAAAUUGAUUCUGCUCCUCUAGCUCUGCUACAUAAAAUCUUAGUUGAGAACCCAUCAGUAAGGAUUACCAUCCCAGACAUCAAGAAAGAUAGAUGGUACAACAAACCACUCAAGAAAGGGGCAAAGAGGCCCCGGGCUACUUCUAGUGGUGUAUCAGAGUCUCCUGGUGGAUUCUCUAAACAUAUUCAAUCCAACUUGGACUUCUCUCCAGUAAACUGUGCUUCUAGUGAAGAAAGUGUGAAGUACUCCAGUUCUCAGCCAGAACCACGGACAGGCCUUUCCUUAUGGGACACCAGCCCUUCAUACAUUGACAAACUGGUACAAGGGAUCAGCUUUUCCCAGCCCACUUGUCCUGAUCACAUGCUUCUAAAUAGUCAGUUGCUUGGCACUCCAGGAUCCUCACAGAACCCCUGGCAGCGCUUAGUCAAAAGAAUGACGCGAUUUUUUACCAAACUGGAUGCAGACAAAUCUUAUCAAUGCCUGAAAGAGACUUGUGAGAAAUUGGGCUAUCAGUGGAAGAAAAGUUGUAUGAAUCAGGUUACUGUAUCAACAACUGAUAGAAGAAACAAUAAGCUGAUUUUCAAAGUGAAUCUGGUAGAAAUGGAUGAGAAGAUCUUAGUUGACUUCCGGCUUUCUAAGGGUGAUGGAUUGGAAUUCAAGAGACACUUCCUGAAGAUCAAGGGGAAACUGAGUGAUGUUGUGAGCAGCCAGAAGGUUUGGCUUCCUGUCACAUGA